AUAUUUCAUUUUCAUCAUACCAAGAAAGAAGAAAAAGAGAGUCCCAACUCACAAUCACAAAAAGUUUUCCCAAAUUCGAUCAGUUUCGCACACACACACAAAGAGAAAAUUAAUUCAUAGUCAUGGGUAACAGUCUAAGGUGUUGCUUGGCUUGUGUUCUUCCUUGUGGAGCUCUUGACUUGAUCCGCAUAGUCCAUUUGAAUGGCUACGUAGAAGAGCUUACAGGUCCAAUCACUGCUGGUGAGGUCCUUAAGGCAAACCCAAAUCAUGUCCUAAGCAAACCAUGCUCUCAAGGCGUUGUACGCAAAAUCUUAAUACUCUCACCAGAGGCUGAGCUCAAAAGAGGAAGCAUUUACUUCUUGAUCCCUUCAUCUUCUUUUCCAGAAAAGAAAAAGAGUGGCAACAAGUCCUCCAAGAAGAGCAAAAAGUGUCAAACCAACAAUGAUGUCUCAGAAGACUGUGAUCGUUACCUAGAGAAUGUCAUAUCGGAAAAGAAAUCCUCACGUAGAGAUCGUAGAAAUGGCAGAGUUGGAGUAUGGAGACCUCAUCUUGAGAGCAUCUCAGAAGACUAGUAUAGUCUUAAAUACUAAAAAUUCUUUUUUUUUUUCCAGCGAUAACCAAAGUGGGUUCAAUCAUGCAAUGGGGCCGGUUUUGAUUAAUGUACGUGGGGUUAUUGGUUUUGUGGAUAAGUUUUAAUUACUUUGUUUGCCUUUUUUUUUUUUUUUUGUGUGUUUCGGUCUGUGUAUAAUAAUGGCAGAUCGGGAUUCCACAAUUCAUGAGGUCAUGAAUCCGUUUGCUUCUCGAGAAAAAAAAUUUAUGACGGAGAGAGAAAUCUUUGUACUAAAAAUGAAAUUGUAUUUUACACACCCUCCAAAAGUUGUAAGUAAAUAUGUUUCUUUUUUUCUCUUCCUACAAAUUUAUUUCCUUGAGCAUGAGAAGAAAAUAAUUGGGGGGACUCUUAAUAUAGUAGCCCAAAUUGAGUUGAAUUUA